UCGUGGGUUUCCUCAGGGCUCACCCCUUCUCGCAUUCCUUUAGCAGUUACUCCAUUCGCCACUCGAUAAGUAUGCCAACAAUGAGGAAUUCUGCAACCUUCAAGUCAUUUGAAGAUCGAGUUGGGACCAUAAAGUCCAGAGUGGUGGGCAGCAGGGAAAAUAGUACUGAUGGCCUCCAUUCCCCGCUGGGAGCUGGAGACAAGCCUCCACAAGACAAUGCUCCUUUCUAGACCUGCUAUGUGGCUUUGCACGGCUGUGCACAACUGCAAGAGCAAGCCCCCUUCCUCCCGAAUCUUCACAACAGCAACAACGUGCGAGUCCAAGAAGGGGCUGAAAACCAAUCUGGAGAGAUCCAUAAUCCAUUCAUAGACACUGCUACUGGAUCCAAGUCAAAUAAAGAGAAUGCAGAGUUUUGUACACAAAUA